GUUUUUGUUUUUUUUUUAAUAAAAAAAAAUGGCCGACGAGGUAAGGGAAACAAACACAGUUGUUGAAGAAAGCGACGUCAAAGAGGAACCCAAAGUUUUGGAAGUUCUUCCAGACAGCCACCCGGUUGGCAUUAGUAGCGAUGAAGAGGCGCCAAUAGACAAACCGGUGACCGAGAGCAAUUGGUCAACACCGAUCCUGUCGCUGGCACGGAAGGCGACCGAGACGAUCAGCAGUGGGGUCAGCUACGGUGCAGUUUUGAGAAACGCAACAUCGUCGGGAUCUGCCGCUAGCUCUCCUACCAGUCCGACUAAACAAAAGUCUACCGAGAAUGACACCAACCAAUACCUACCAGCAGUGAAGGACCAUAUGGCUGUGGAGCGCUCCAACCUGUUCAGUAUGAUGAAGCUGAGUAUUAAGGGUCUGAUCCAGUCUUCUCUGAGUCUGGGCAGAACCCUGGACUCUGACUACCCACCUCUGCAGCAGUUCUUUGUGGUUCUGGAGCAGUGCCUCAAACAUGGACUGAAAGUGAAGAAGUCAUUCAUCAAUCAGAAUAAGUCUAUUUGGGGUCCUCUGGAGCUGGUUCAGAAGCUGUGUCCUGAUUCUACUGAUAUUACCACCAGUGCCAGAGACCUGCCAGGGAUAAAGACUGGGUUGGGUCGGGCUCGGGCCUGGCUACAUCUGGCCCUGAUGCAGAAGAAAUUGUCUGACUACCUGAAAGCCCUGCUGGACCGUAAGGACAUCCUAGGUGAGUUCUACGAUCCAGGAGCGUUGAUGAUGGAGGAGGAGGGGACAGUGAUAGGAGGGAUGCUGGUGGGGCUAAACGUCAUUGAUGCUAACCUCUGUAUCAAAGGAGAGGACCUGGACUCCCAGGUGGGGGUCAUAGACUUCUCCUUGUACCUGAAGGACCCUAUGACCACUGAGACCACUAAGGAUGAUGCUAAGUUGACGGCCAUAUUGGACCAGAAGCACUACAUCGAGGAGCUGAACAGACACCUGAGCUGCACUGUCACUGACCUGCAGGCCAAGAUGGACUCCAUAGAGAAGACCAACAGCAAGCUCAUUGAGGAGCUGACGGCAGCGACAGACAGGAUUAACUCUUUACGGGAGGAACAGGAAACACUAAGACAUGAGAAUGAGACCAUCGUCCAGAGCAGUCAGAAGAAAGAGGAGGCGACCCUGGAGGACAGUGCAGUAGAGCUGGAGACAUACAGACAGACACGACAGGGCCUGGAUGAGAUGUACAGUGUGGUGUGGAAACAGUACCAGGAGGAGAAACGCAUCAGACAGGAGUUGGAGAGGGAGCUGAAGCUGCAGGUAGGACUAAAGCAGGAGAUGGAGAUGGCCAUGAGGCUGCUGGAGAAAGACACGCAUGAGAAACAGGACACACUGCAAGCCCUCCGACAACAACUAGACCAGGUCAAAACCCUCAACCUGCAGAUGUUCCAUAAGACACAGGACUGUGAGCGUGAGGCCCAGAGGAAGGAGGAGGAAGAAGGACAACUGGAGGAGAAGAUGAACCAGAUGGAGACCACCAUUAAAGAGAUGGAGCAGAGACUGCAGAACUCUGAGCGUGAUCGAAGACAGAGUGACCAGACCGAGAGAGACAUGAGGACCGAGUUGGAGGGCAGAGUAGACUCCCUACAGAAACAGCUGUCUGACCUGGACACACUGAGGCUGGGUCUGGAGAGUGAUCUGCGCAGUGAGAAGGAGCAGAGACAGGCCAUUCAGAGAGCUCUACAGAGAGAACAGGACAACAGCACCGAGCUACGCACCCAACUACAACAGAUACAGGGGCUACACACGGAGCUGCAGGAAGUUCAUCAGGAGAAGAAGCAGCUCCAGCUGACCUGUCAGGAGCAGGAGACGGCCUUACAGGAGAUGGGCCUACACCUCAGCCAGUCUAAACUGAAGAUGGAGGAUUUCAAAGAGGUCAACAAAGCCCUGAAGGGCCAAGCCUGGCUGAAAGACGACGAGGCUACACAGUGUAAACACUGUCAGAAGGAGUUCUCUAUCGCUCGCAGAAAGCACCACUGUAGGAACUGUGGAGAUAUCUACUGUAACAGUUGUUCUAGUAAUGAGUUGGCCCUGCCCUCCUACCCUCGACCUGUACGGGUCUGUGACAUCUGCCACUCCCUACUGCUGCAGAGGAGCACCUCUUCUACCUCCUCUUGACAUACAAAAGUAGACCCUCAUACACACACUCCUUGACACACACAAGUAGACCCUCAUACACACACACUCCUCUUGACACACACAAGCAGACACUCAAUCUUUCUUCUCUCUAGGCUGUGCUCAAAGCCCACAGUACUCUUGGUCAUUGAGAACACAUUUUAAUCCAAUUUGAGCAGGAGAUUUGGUGUGAGCUAUGAAGUUGUUUCGCCACUUACCUGAAAUUCAGGAUCUUUGGGCACGGUUGACUUUUGAACUGUAGAGGGUUCUACCCUCCUCUUGGACUAAUACUGCCUUCUCUCUUUUAAACUCACCUGGAGGGAUAUCACUAAAUAAGAUCAAUAAACAAUAGUGGGUCAACGGGGCUAAUUGUUCAUUGUUACGAACAAACUCCAUUCCCAGUUAUACUAUAUAUAUAUAUAUAUAUAGAUAUAUAUUCUCUAAGAUGCCACAUUGAAGGGAGCCACAGGGUAUUGGAACAUCAGUGUUUGUUGUAAUAUGAAUGACCGACUAUGCAACAAUAUCUCAAUUGUGGGGAAAUGUUAGAUGAACUAUUUCAAGAAAAGCAACGUUGAUUGACUUUAUUACAGUAAUUUAGAGCAGAAGUUUUUCAUUUAGCUUUGAAAAGGUCUUGGAGCUGAUUUAUAUAGAUAGAAUCAUGUGAAAGUUUCACUUCGUGACACAAAGGAAUCUUCUUAGUAUCUUGAUGUGUAAUUUCAGAAUGUAUAUAAU